AUGGUGCAAGCGUCUUGGCUGCUUCUUUUCGGCUGUGCGGCCGCCCUCUCCUGGGAACCGUCUGUUCUCGUCUUGGACGGUGAUGACGAAACACUAGAAGGCAUAAAAGACCGCGACCAGCCAAAGAUAUACCCCAAAGAACUGGCUCCCACAAGCGGCGAACUCAGCAGCGACACGGGCGCAGACUCCCCACCAGAAGAACUUGACAAAGGCGAAGAGGAACUUGACCAUGGCGGUCACCAACAAACUGGACACGAGGACCGCGUGGCCGACGAGCAGCACAGCCACCGUGCUUCGGACAACGACGAGCUGAGCAACGCACAGGACGGCGAGGAGACUGCCCCAUCCAGGCAAGAGGACCAAACGGCGCAAACACCUCUACCGGAAGAGUCGCUCCCGGAAGAAUCUCUCCCCGCGGAGUCCCUUCCCGAAGAGUCCCUCCCCGAAGAGUCUCCCGACAGGGAAGAGGCGGGCCACCCCGUCGACGAGACGGACCCGCAAGGAGUCGAACCGGAGCCCGUUCGGGAGGGGCUGCUGCAAGUCUACGCAGAUCUGGAGGUGGCGCGGCGCGACAUCCUCCGCCUGCUGGAAAACUAG